AUGUCGGUGUUGCCGGCCGAGGUCCACGCCCAGCUGACCGCGCUCCUCAAACAGCUCCAGUCCCCCGACAACAACGUCCGCUCCCAGGCCGAGGAUGUACUCCAGAACCAGUGGACCAGCCAGCGGCCCGACUGGCUCUUGAUGGGCUUGGUCGAGCAGAUUGGAAACUCGACCGAUGCAUCUACACGCUCCUUUGCGGCAGUCAUCUUCCGCCGGAUAGCCUCCAAGACCCGAAAGAUCGGCAAUGCCGACAAUGUUGACAUGUUCAUCUCUCUUGAGAAAGACCAGGCCAACGUCAUUCGUUCAAGGCUCUUGGAGACGCUGAUGGCCGAGACUGAUAAGGCUGUCCGGAACAAGAUCAGCGACGCUGUUGCUGAGCUUGCGAGACAAUAUUACGAGAGCGACGACUCGUGGCCCGACCUUCUGCAGGUCCUUUUCAAUCUUAGCCAAGCCCCGGAUGCCGGCAAGCGUGAGACGGCGUUCCGCGUCUUCACAACCACGCCGGGGAUCAUCGAGAAGCAGCAUGAGGAGGCUGUGGCUGGCGCAUUUGCUCAAGCUUUCAAGGACGACUCGGUUGCGGUCCGUCUCGCUGCCAUGGAGGCCUUCGCUGCCUUUUUCCGCAGCUUAGACAAGAAGAAUCAAGCCAAAUACCACGUGCUUCUCCCCGAAGUUCUCAACAUUCUUCCCCCAAUCAAGGACUCCCAGGACUCGGACGAUCUUAGCAAGGCGCUUGUGGCCCUCAUCGAGCUCGCUGAGGGAGCCCCACGCAUGUUCAAGCAAGUUUUCAAUGUCCUAGUCCAAUUCUGCAUCUCGGUCAUCCAGGACAAGGAACUCAGCGAUCUCGCACGCCAGAAUGCCCUGGAGCUCAUGGCCACGUUUGCCGACUAUGCGCCGUCGAUGUGCAAGAAGGACCCCAACUACACCAACGACAUGAUCACCCAGUGUCUGAGCCUGAUGACUGACCUGGGUGAAGAUGACGAUGACGCGGCCGAAUGGCUGGCGGCGGACGAUCUCGACGAUCCCGAGAGCGAUCAAAACCAUGUUGCCGGUGAGCAUUGCAUGGAUCGUCUGGCUAAUAAGCUUGGAGGCAUGGUCAUCCUCCAGCCAACCUUCAACUGGCUUCCCCGCAUGAUGACUUCGCCCGCCUGGAGAGAUCGACACGCUGCUUUGAUGGCGAUAUCUGCCAUCUCGGAGGGCUGCCGGGACCAAAUGAUUGGUGAAUUGAAGCAGGUUCUUGAGCUUGUCGUGCCUGCUCUGAAGGAUCCCCACCCCCGUGUCCGCUGGGCCGGCUGCAACGCGCUAGGGCAGAUGAGCACAGAUUUCGCACCCACCAUGCAGAGGGAGUAUUACGACACGGUCCUUUCGGCCAUUGUCCCGGUUCUUGACUCUCCUGAAGCCAGGGUCAAGUCUCAUGCCGCCGCCGCGCUGGUCAAUUUCUGCGAAGAGGCCGAAAAGACGGUCCUCGAGCCGUAUCUUGACAGUCUGCUUACUUCCCUGUACCAGCUCCUCCAGAAUGACAAACGCUAUGUGCAAGAGCAAGCCCUGUCGACGAUUGCCACGAUCGCCGAUGCGGCCGAGCAAGCCUUUUCCCGAUACUACGAUACCUUGAUGCCAAUUCUCGUCAACGUCCUGCGCCGCGAGAGUGACAAGGAGUACCGACUGCUCCGAGCAAAGGCGAUGGAGUGCGCGACUCUGAUCGCCCUUGCGGUUGGGCCCCAGCGCCUGGGCCCAGAUGCCGAAAUGCUGGUGCAGCUGCUGGGCAGCAUUCAAGACAGUGUGCAGGAUCCGGACGACCCACAGGCUCAAUACCUGAUGCACUGCUGGGGAAGAAUGUGCCGUGUCAUGGGCAAAGCCUUCCUCCCGUACAUGCCCAAGGUCCUGCCUCCACUGCUCGAGCUCGCAAGCGCAAAGGCCGACAUCCAGCUUCUGGACGACGACGAGCAGAUCGAGAGGUUCCAGCAAGAAGACGGCUGGGAGCUGGUGCCACUGCGGGGUAAGACUAUCGGUAUCAAGACCAGCUCCAUGGAUGACAAGCACAUGGCGAUUGAGCUCCUAGUUGUCUAUGCUCAAGUGCUCGAGGCGGACUUCGCACCGAGCGCCGACGAAAUCAUGGAAAAGAUUGCGCUCCCGGGCCUAGCAUUCUUUUUCCACGACCCGGUCCGAUUUGUAUCGGCCAAGCUCGUCCCACAGUUGCUUAGCUGCGUCAAGAAGGCCUAUGGGCCUCAGUCAGAGCAGCUGGCAAGUCUGUGGAACAAGACCGUGGACAAGCUCCUUGAGGUGCUCACUGCGGAGCCAGCCGUCGACACGCUUGCCGAGAUGUACCAGUGCUUUUACGAGUCGGUUGAGGUCAUCGGGCGGCCAUGCCUUGCCGACACGCACCUGAACCGGUUCAUCGAGUCGGUUACGUCGACCCUCGACGACUACAAAGACCGUGUCGCACAGCGCGAGGAGGAGCGGCGGGGCGUGCCACCCGAAGACAUUGAGGACGAGCAAGAAGAGCUCCUCAUGGCGAUCGAGGAUGAUCAGACACUCCUCUCGGACAUGAACAAGGCGUUCCACUGCGUUUUCAAGUACCACGGCCCCAACUUCCUCCGACACUGGGAGCGUCUGCAGAAUACUUAUCAGGCGUUCCUCGACUCAAACGACCCGACGCAGCGCCAGUGGGGACUGUGCAUCAUGGACGAUGUCUUGGAGUACUGCGGCCCGCAGAGUAGCCAGUACGCCAACCUUAUCAUGCAGCCAUUGCUGCGUGGCUGCAGGGAUCCAUCACCAGCGAUUCGGCAGGCGGCCGCGUACGGCAUCGGCGUAGCCGCUCGCCAUGGUGGGGAGGCCUGGUCGGCGUUCCUGGGCGGGGCUGUUCCGCUGCUCUUUGAGGUCAUGACGGUCCCCGAUGCGCGCAAUGAGGACAACAUCUACGCGACAGAAAAUGCAUGCGCAGCAAUCGCAAAGAUUCUGCACUUCAACGCUUCUGCCGUCACGGCGCCCGACCAAAUCAUUGCAGAAUGGAUCAAUACUCUGCCAAUCACCAAUGAUGAGGAGGCGGCGCCAUAUGCGUAUCUAUACCUAGCAGAGCUCAUUAGCAAACAACACCCUGCCGUUACUUCUCAGGCGCCCCGAGUAUUCGUCUUGGUCGCGCAAGCUCUAGAGGCCGAGGCGCUGAGCGGUCAGAAUGCGGCUCGCGUGGUCGCAGCAACCAAGGUCCUCUUGGAGGGAACGAAUACCGACGUGAUGCCCCUAUUGCAGCAAUUCUCACCUGAGGCACAGAACGUAAUCCGGGCUCACUUUGGCUAG